GCUCCCUUUUUCCUCGGGUCUGAGAUCUCUUUCAUGAACUCCUGAGGCGGUUCGUAUUUCUCCUUCACCAAUUGUCCACAGAAGGUGCUGAAGGAUUAUUUUUAACUACCUUUCCUACAUCUUUCAUUAUCUGACAGGGUUUCUGCUGACUGGGACUCCUCAGUGUCCCGAGACUCUCGCUGAACAGGAAGUUGUUAUGUAAUCGUCUUGAAUGGCAGUCUGUUGCUAAGGAACUGUUCUGACCUUCCUAUGUGUCACGACCUUGGAUGGCAGCUUUAGCGACGGGACCUCAAGAUGCAGCAGACGACAGCAAUACGCCUGUCACGGCGUGGGCUCGAACCCGCUUUUUUCCGGCAGCAGGGUCUGCCAGCACCUCCGUUGGCAGCGCGCCGAGACACACCCCUGCUCGUGCUGGCUGCGUCACGCCCACAUGCCGGCAAGGCUGUGGGCGAUCAGCAAUCUGCACACCUGGGACUGAUGAGGGCGAGCGGUAUAAAGACCAGUGGACCCAAGGAUCCUGGCCGGAACUUAGUCUUCAGUACCCCAUGCUUUCCCGACUUCUUCCUGUUGUUCCCCUCUGGAUUCUGGACUGCCUCCCUUCAUCCUCGACCUCCACUUUGACUUCUGACGCCUCGCCGUUCUCCCUGACUAUCUCCGCCAGCCCAUGGACUACCUUCCUGCCUUGUCCCUUCUCCUCGUUCAACAUUUGGACUUUAAAGGUGAUAAACGCUUGGAAGAUGCGGUUAAUGGGAGUCACUGUUGUAGCCUUCAAAGUCUAUACAACAACUUCAAAACCCUCCAUCAACUGCAAGUAUAUAUAUAAUGUAGUAACAGACACCUUCAUAACAAUAUGUAAUAUGUACAAUAUACACACUGCAAGUAUAUAUAUAAUGUAGUAACAGACACCUUCAUAACAAUAUGUAAUAUGUACAAUAU